AGUGUAAAAUGAAAUUGUUUAUUAUAAGUUUGACUUUAUUUAUAUAUUUUGUAAAUGUCGUCGACUCUGCUUUAGACAAGCCAUGUUUAGCUCGCCGUAUCAGUGGACGCUCGGUGAUAUGCGUAUGCAAUUCUACUUACUGCGAUGACAUCACAAGAGAGGAACCAGUAAAUGGUACCUACGUAACUUACACAAGUUCCGAGGCUGGAUCUCGGUUUCAGAAGACCAUAGGAACAUUUCAAACUUUGGAUCAUACAUUAGAAUGUUGUACAACCACUUUUACAAUAAACCCAAAGAAAAAAUACCAAGCAGUUGAAGGGUUUGGAGGUGCCGUGACCGAUUCAGCAGCUAUCAACUGGAAGAGUUUGCCAGAAGUGAUGCAGAAAUACUUAAUCGACUCAUACUUCAGCGUUAAGGGUCUGGAGUACAACAUGCUACGAGUGCCAAUCGGUGGUUGUGACUUCUCAACUCACCCAUAUGCCUACAAUGAACAGCCUGAGAAUGACACGAAGCUGUCAAACUACUCACUGACCGAUGAAGACUAUAAUUACAAAAUACCAAUGAUCAAAGAAAUUAGCAAGGUGGCUACGUCCCCGGUGCAUAUAGUGGCUACGACGUGGUCGCCGCCUGUUUGGAUGAAGACUAAUCACAAAUUCUCGGGGAUCAGCCAGCUUAAACAGGAAUACUUCGAAACAUAUGCUUUGUAUCAUUACAAAUUUUUAGAAAAGUACGCGGAAGAAGGUAUAAACAUUUGGGCAAUCACUACGACUAACGAACCAAUUGAUGGUUACUUUGGAUUAGCUAGGUUUAACAUGCUCGGUUGGUCCGUAGAAAAAAUGGGCGAAUGGAUUGUAAACAAUUUGGGCCCAAUUAUACGAAAUUCCAUUUUUAAAAACGUUAAGAUCUUAUCCUGUGACGACCAGCGCUUUACUAUACCGUUUUGGUUUAAUGAGAUAUUGAAUAAGUAUCCCAAAGCGCUAGACUACAUAGACGGUGUUGGUGUGCAUUUCUACGCUGACAAAGUGGUGCCUGCUUCCGUUUUGUACGCAGUAUCGAAGACCCAUCCAGAUAAAAUGAUAUUAGCCACGGAAGCUUGUGAAGGUUCGUAUCCGUGGCAAACCGAAAAAGUGAAACUGGGUUCAUGGCCGAGGGCAGUCAGUUACAUCACAGACAUAUUAGAGCUUUUAGGAGUAUGGUACGUGAUUCAAAAGACUUCGACCGCGUCGCAUUGUAUCACAUACAAUUUCACUAAAACCGACGAGCCCGGCACUUAUGAAAUAGACCAGGUUUCGCAGCACUUCCUUUUAGGCUUGACUCCACUCGAGCACGACUACAGUUACAAAGGAGUCCUCACUGUACCCGAUCCUGCAGUGCCCGGUAGAAUGAAAGUGAGAUUUCCAUUAAGCGUAGCCGGUUCUGCGAGCUAUACAGUUUUGUCAACAGACUACACCACAUACGCCGCCAUAUUUACUUGUCAAAAACUUGCGUUUGCACACAGACGCUCGGCGACCAUACUUUCCCGCGAAAAGGAACUUGAUAAGAUGUAUGUAGACAAGAUGCGUACAAAGUUGGCGUCGUUCGGCGUCGAUCCCUACGACUUGUCGAUCAUCAUACAAAAUAAUUGCCCCAAACAUCCCAACGGCACAGAGGGUGUCAACAUCAAUAUAAAUCCCAACACUUUCUCUUCCCACAACAUUGGUGAGGCUGUGAGGAAGACCGGCGGUGUUAUUGCUGAUGGCGUAGAAUACGUAGUGGAAGCUGGAAAGAAAGUGUACCAUAAAGUGACUGAUAGCAAGGAAGACCUCACUGAGCCGCCUGCAUCGCACGCAAACCGCCUGUCUGCAAGACCGGAUGAUGACGCCGAAUGGUUGCCUUAGUUAUACUUGGAUGUUAUUUUAACUCAAUAAUACACUGACUGAACAUAAACAUUGGUGAUAAAAUAGGACAUUAUUUUUUAUAUUUUUUUAUUAACUGUUGUAACAAGGAGUUUUGCAUAAUCCAGUUUAAAAACUUUAUUUUUAUAAUUUGUCAUUAGAAAGGCAGGAAGAUUAAUAAAAUAAAGUUUUCACGCUAUUUGCAAAUUGUAAUUUUUUUAAUUGCUUACUUUAUGUAGGUACGUAACGCAUUUUUGUUGAAAUGUGCCAUUACUUGUGUUCAAAGUAAAGAUAU